AUGCAUAGAUCACGGAGAACGCGACUUUUUUCGCAAAGCAAUACCUCCCGCAGGACGGGUCCAUGGGAACCUGAGGAAGAUGAACGAUUACUGACGCUAGUAUCAGAGUUAGGUACUAAACAUUGGAAAUUGAUUGGAAUCAGACACGGUUUGAGAGACGGAAAGCAAUGUCGAGAACGCUGGCAUAAUCAUCUCAACCCAGAUUUAAUUUAUAGUCCCUUAACUCCUGAAGAGGACGAACAAAUAUUAACCUACCACUCUGAAAUGGGAACAAAAUGGGCCGUAAUGAGCCAAUUAUUACGACGGCCUGCUAAUCUGAUUAAAAAUCGGUAUUAUUCUUCAUUAUCUAAAAAACGUGAUCGAUCAACUUCAGAUUCUCCGGAAGAUGAUUCAUGUUCAAGAUCAAGAAAGCGUAUUAAGGAAAUUCACACUGCUACUUCUAAUUUUGAAAAACAAGGCAAUAAAGAACUAUUAAAUAAUAAUAAAAUCUCUCGGACUUUGAACAAUCAAACGAACUAUCAUAAAGAAUAUCUUGAUUUACCAAAAGCUUCGGCUUGGAGUCCUUGUUCUGAUGAUUCAGCUUAUUUUGAACCUUCAAUGACUCAAGAACCAGUUUCCCUACUGACACCAGUAUAUACACCUGUAACUUCUCCCGGACCAUCUUUUUGUACGGCACUAGAACAACUCGCUGAUUUAGCAAUUAAAAGAAUUGAAAAAACUAGUCGUAAUGAUACGAAAAAACACGAUAUCAUGUCGAUUUCAGCUGUAUUGAAUUGA